GGGACAUGCUAUAAUUUCCGAUGGCUAAUACUCAUUUUGUCGUCUUUAAUUGCAAUGAAUGAGCUGUGAACAGCCGGCUGAGGGUUCCGGGCAUUGACAUGGCUUGAGGAUUAAAUGCCAAGUAGUUUAAACUACCACAAGGCGAGUGAGUAAUUGCUGGGCUGUUAUGUGAAGUAACGGUAGUUUGUGGCCGGAGGCAGCUUCGCCUCCUCUGACUUUUUUCUGGGAGCGACUCGGUCCAUCCGGAGAAUGAAGCGCUCGGUUCAAAGCAGCCCUCCACCGCACCAUAUGAUGGUGCUCACUUCGGCUCACUCGCCAACGUUAGCUGCCUCUUAAACACACUAACUGGCGCAUAAACGGGGCCAAGUAUCCUGCAGCAGGUCCCGGGAUCUGUAAGGGCUUUGCUGGACAGGACGUGAGCAGAAAGGCCGGCUGGGAGCCGGCUGGUGCCUUGGAUUUCCUGCCCCGGGCUGCAGCCAUGGAGGAGGAGGUGAGCAUGGAGUAUUUGCUGGAGCAGGUGAUGCAGAAGGACCUGGGCAAGAGGCUCCAGGUGGGCCAGGAGAUCAUAGAGCUCAUCCUGGACGAAGAGAAGUCCCCCGAGCUGGAGCAGGACCAGACCAUGCUGGACCGGAUGGUGGACGCGGUCGCCAGCUCCUGGGUCAACUCCAGCAACUUCAAGGUGGUUUUGCUGGGGAUGGACAUCCUGUCAGCUCUGGUCAGCAGACUGCAGGAGAGAUUCAGGACGCAGGUGGGAACAGUUCUGCCGAGCCUGAUCGAUCGGUUAGGGGACGCCAAGGACCAAGUUCGAGACCAGGACCAGGCGCUUCUCCUGAAGGUCAUGGACCAGGCUGCUAACCCACAGUUUGUGUGGGAGCGAAUGAUGGGAGGCUUCAAGCAUAAGAACAACAGGACCAGAGAGGGACUCUGCCUUUGUCUCAUCUCCACCCUGAAUGUGUUUGGAUCUCAGAGUCUGACGCUCAGUAAAAUCGUUCCUCACAUCUGUAACCUCCUCGGAGAUCCUACAAGUCAGGUGCGUGACGGAGCCAUGAACUGCCUCAUCGAGAUCUACCGCCACGUCGGGGAGCGAGUGCGGAUGGACCUGGGAAAGAAGGGUCUGCCUCAGUCACGGCUGAACGUCAUCUUCAGUAAAUUUGACGAAGUUCAGAGGUCAGGGAACAUGGUCCUGUCACCUGUGUCAGAUAAAAACUUUGAGGACGAUGACUCGGUGGACGGCGGCCGCUCCUCGUCCUCGUCCAAAGGAGCCUCGCUGUCCGGGAGGAAGACGGUGAGCAUGGGUUCAUUUCGACGUCCCGCCUCCGCCUCCGCCUCCGCCACCAAGUCUGCAGGGAGGGAUGGGUCUGUUGCUGGAGCUGUGGAUGAGGAAGACUUCAUCCAGGCCUUCGAGGAUGUUCCCACCAUGCAGAUCUACUCCAACAGGGAGGUGGAGGAGGCCAUGACGAAGAUUCGAGACGUGCUGUCAGAUGAUAAGAGGGACUGGGAGCUCAGAGUGGCAGCCCUUAAGAAGGUGCGUUCGCUGCUCCUGGCCGGAGCGGCCGAGUUCGACGGCUUCCUGCAGCAGCUGCGGCUCAUGGAGGCGGCGUUCAAACUGUCCGCCAAGGACCUCCGCUCUCAGGUGGUGAGAGAGGCCUGCAUCACGCUGGGCCACCUGUCGUCCGUGCUCGGCGGCCGGUUCGACCACGCGGCGGAAGCCACCGUGCCGAUCCUCCUCAACCUGGUCCCCAACAGCGCCAAAGUGAUGGCCACCUCCGGCGUGGCCGCCAUCCGCCUCAUCCUCAGACACACACACUUCCCACGCCUCAUCCCCAUCAUCACCAGCAGCUGUACGUCCAAGUCUGUGGCUGUCAGAAGGCGCUGCUUUGAGUUCUUGGAGCUGCUGCUGCAGGAGUGGCAGACGAGCUCUCUGGAGAGACAUGGAGCAGUUUUAAUGGAGACUAUAAAGAAAGGGAUCCAUGAUGCGGACGCCGAGGCUCGCUCUGUGGCCAGAAAGUGUUACUGGAGCUUCCACGGGCACUUCCGUCGGGAGGCGGAGCAGCUGUUCCAGGGCCUGGAGUCGUCCUAUCAGAAAGCGCUGCAGGCUCACCUGAGGAGCGGAGACAGCCUGAUGUCGCUGCCCGCCUCGGAUCGCUCCUCCUCGUCCUCUCAGGAGAGCCUCAAUCGACCCCUGUCUGUAAAAAACACCUUUGGAAGCAGCACAACAAGAUCCAAAGCCGCCCACUCCAGGACGCCGGCCGCCGCCUCGUCUCCGGGCUCCCUCCAGCGCUCUCGCAGCGACGUGGACGUCAACGCGGCCGCCACCGCCACGGCCCGCACCAGGAUGCCCGCCGUGCCCUCUGCGGCGGCGGCGGCGGCUUCGCCCUUCAGUUCGGCCUCGGCCCUUCCUCCUGGAUCCUACGCCUCACUGGGUCGAGUCCGGACCAGAAGAACGAGUUCGGGAAGCGGUCCCUCUGUGACGGACACCCGUGGAAGAAGCCGAGGGAAGGUCGUCUCGCAGUCUCAGCCCGGCAGUCGCUCAGGUUCUCCCGGCAGGCUGCUGAGCUCCACCUACGGCAGGAUCCCGAGGCCGACCAUGGGCGCCGCCGCCGCCGCCGCCGGCAGCCCCUCCGCCGGCCCGACCGACAAGAGCCGACCCCGAGGUCACCGCAGCCAAGGCUGCAGCCGGGAGACCAGCCCCACCAGGUCCAGCACAGCCCGCAGCAGAAUCCCCCGGCCGAGCAUGAGUCAGGGCUGCAGCCGCGAAACCAGUCGCGAGAGCAGCCGCGACACCAGCCCCGCCAGGGGUUUCUCCCCCCUGGACCGACUGUCCCAUCAGGCUCGGAUCUCGGCGUCCGUCAACGCCAUGAGGAUCCUGAACACCGGCACCGACGUGGAGGCUGCUGUCGCUGACGCUCUGCUCUUAGGAGACUCGAGGAGUAAGCGGAGGCCGGCGAGGCGCCGCUUCGAGUCUCCGGGAAUGUACUCGGACGACGACGCCAACAGCGACGCCUCCAGCGCCUGCUCCGAGCGCUCCUACAGCUCGCGCAACGGCGGCGCGGCGCCGCACUACCUGCGUCAGACGGAGGACGUGGCCGAGGUCCUGAACCACUGCGCCAGCGCCAACUGGUCUGAGAGGAAGGAGGGACUGCUGGGACUGCAGAACCUGCUCAAGAGCCAGAGGAUGCUCAGCCGCGUGGAGCUGAAGAGGCUUUGUGAGAUCUUCACCAGGAUGUUUGCAGACCCCCACAGCAAGAGAGUCUUCAGCAUGUUCCUGGAGACUCUGGUGGACUUCAUCACGCUGCACAGGGACGACCUGCAGGACUGGCUCUUCGUGCUGCUCACUCAGCUGCUGAAGAAGAUGGGGGCCGACCUGCUGGGCUCCGUCCAGGCCAAAGUCCAGAAGGCCCUGGACGUCACCAGAGAGUCCUUCCCGUACGAACAGCAGUUCAACAUCCUGAUGCGGUUCAUCGUGGAUCAGACGCAGACGCCCAACCUGAAGGUGAAGGUGGCCAUCCUGCGCUACAUCGAGGCGCUGGCCCGCCAGAUGGACCCGGCCGACUUCGUCAACUCCAGCGAGACUCGCCUCGCCGUCUCGCGCGUCAUCACCUGGACCACCGAGCCCAAGAGCUCCGACGUCCGCAAGACCCUUCAUAACUGGGCAGGGGAGGAUUUCUCAGGCCGACCCAGCACCGUGGCCUCUCUGCCUGGAGAGGGCAACCUGGAGGAGCGGUGCAAGCAGGCAGCCCAGGUGGUGCUGAUCGCCCUGUUUGAGCUCAACACACCAGAGUUCACCAUGCUGCUGGGCGCUCUGCCUAAAACCUUCCAGGACGGGACCACCAAGCUGCUGCACAACCACCUGAGGAGCGCCAGCGCCAGCAGCGGCGUCGGCAUGGCACCUCCCAGUAACUCUGCAGGUCGGACGCCUCCACGGCAGCCCAGCAGCCGCAGCAGCCCCCUGACCUCCCCCACCAACUGCUCCCAUGGAGGCCUCUCUCCCAGCACGCUGGAGUACGACAGCGAGAACCUGAACUCGGACGAGAUCUACAGCUCUCUGCGGGGGGUCACCGAGGCCAUCCAGAACUUCAGCUUCCGCAGCCAAGAAGACCUGAUGGAGCCGCUGAGACGAGACGGCAAGAGGGACGGCAUGUCCGGAGUCGCGGCGUCCUCAGACUCCGGCGCUGACCUGGUGGGUGGAGGUCGCACAGCCCUGGACAACAAGACGUCGCUGCUGAACACGCCUUCGCCGCGCUCCUUCGCCGGCCCGCGCUUCAGAGACUACAACCCGUACAACUACAGCGACAGCAUCAGCGCGCUGGACAAAGCCGCCCUGAAGGAGGCGCUGUACGAGGACGCCGUGGAGCAGCUGCGAGACGGCUGCCGACAAGAAAGUGUCGAAAACAAGAUCACGAACCCCAAAAGCUUCCCAGCGGGUCCUGCGGAGCAGCUGGAGCUGGUCGGGGGGCUGCUGAAGGAGCUCUCCCAGGGCCAGACGGGGGAUCGGGGCCCCGAGGAGCGACGGGGGACCCUGCUGGAGCUGCUGAAAGUGGCCCGAGAGGACAGCCAGGUGGUGUGGGAGGAACACUUCAAGACCAUGCUGCUGCUGCUGCUGGAGACGCUGGGAGACAAAGACCACACGAUCCGGGCGCUGGCCCUGCGAGUCCUGAAGGAGAUCCUGAGGAACCAGCCGGCUCGCUUCAAGAACUACGCAGAGCUCACCAUCAUGAAGACGCUGGAGGCUCACAAAGACUCGCACAAGGAGGUGGUGCGUGCGGCGGAGGAGGCGGCCUCCACGCUGGCGAGCUCCAUCCACCCGGAGCAGUGCAUCAAGGUCCUCUGUCCCAUCGUGCAGACGGCAGACUACCCCAUCAACCUGGCCGCCAUCAAGAUGCAGACGAGGGCCAUCGAACGCAUCGCCAAAGAGCCGCUGCAUCAGCUGCUGUCCGACAUCAUACCUGGACUCCUGCAGGGCUACGACAACACGGAGAGCAGCGUGAGGAAGGCCAGCGUCUUCUGCCUCGUCGCCAUCUACUCUGUGAUCGGAGAAGAGCUGAAGCCUUACCUGGCUCAGCUGACCGGCAGCAAGAUGAAGCUGCUGAACCUGUACAUCAAGAGGGCCCAGACCUCCACCAGCAACAGCAGCAGCUCCUCCGACAUCUCCUCCUACUAACCGCCACAGCACACGCUUUCAUCAGUUCCCCUCGCCGCACUCCGCCGUUCCAUUCCAUCCGCCGCCGCCGCCGCUGUCCGUCAGGAGGAUCUGGAGGCUCUCUGCAGGAGGUGCAGCAGGAGCCUCAUCCUCCUGAAGCGGCGG